AUGCCUGGUGUCAAGAGAUCUAGGCCAGCAGAGGAUGCGGCUGCUUCCUCGGCUGCUGGCUCCUCGAAAUCCAGCACUACCAAAAAGACCAAAAGCACUUCCUUGCCUUCCACCUCGGCGCCUUCCACCUCCCUCCUCUCGGCACAGGAGGUCGACUUCCCUCGUGGCGGAAGCUCUGGAUUGACGCCGCUCGAGUUCAGAGAGGCGAAGCGCGAGGCUCGCUCCGAGUCGGCCGCCAACGAGCUCCUCUUCAAAGAUGCAAAGGACGAACAGGCCAUCGCCAAGCGCAACAAGAACAAGCAGAAGCUCAAUCGGGAGAAGCGCAAUGAUGCCAAAAAGAAACGUGCGCCUACCGCUGCUGCAGCAACCUCCACAACCCACGCCGAGAAGAGGGAUCACAACCGGAUCGAGCACAUCAACUACAAGCGUCUCAUCCCUGGCUCCAGGCUUCUGUGUUCCGUUCUCGCCAUCCACCCGCUCGCCGUCGUCGUCUCCUUGCCCAACCAGAUGCUCGGCCACAUCCCAGUCACACAGAUCAGUCCGCAAUUCACGCGUCGUCUCCAGGCUGCUGCCGAUGCAAGCGCCGAGGACGACGAUGAAGACGAGAGCAUGGACGAGGAUAGCGACAGCGAUGACGACGACGACGAAGCACAGACGAACGGCACCUCGAGCAAGCGAGCAAAGAACGAUGCAAAGAAAGUGCCUGAGCUUCGCGACCUUUUCCACGUCGGACAAUGGCUCGUUGCCAGCGUCCUUCAGGUUCGUUCUGGCGACGUCGCAAAAGGUCGACCCAGCCGCGAAGGAGGCGAGUACGAGAAAGAGUCUCGUCGCGUCGAGCUCUCGCUCGCCCCUCACCUCGUCAACACUGGUGUGUCGGUUUCGGAUCUCGACGUGGGCGCCACCCUCUCUGCCACCAUCUCGAGCGUCGAAGACCACGGCUACAUGCUCGACAGCGGUGUUUCCGAGUUCAGCGGCUUCGUCCCCUUCACCGAUGCAGCUAAGCUCCCCGACAGCUUCCACGCAGGCAAGAACGGCAAGUCGCUUCAAGUCGGUAGCGUCGUCUUUGCCAAGAUCACCAAAGUCCCCGACAACAAGCGCAGCUUCGAGGCUACGCUCGACCCAAAGACCGUGUCGACGAGCCCCAUCAAACACGCCCCCAGUAUCACUGCCAUCCUCCCCGGCACGCUCACCAAGGUGCUCAUCACCGCUGCGCUGCCUACCGGUCUCAACGUCAACCUGUUUGGCAUGUUUGAUGCCACCAUCGACCGAUUCCACCUUCCAGAGUUGCCAGAGGGCAAGGACAUCCCUGAUGUUUACAAGGAGGGCUCCAAGCACGUCGCUCGUGUACUGUGGGACUUGCUCAGCCCGCCUUCUACUGCCUUGCAGGGCGACAACCCGGACCACGAGCGCAAGUUUGGUCUUUCGUUGGCGCCUCAGGUGCUCGCUCUCAAAGCGCCCGUGGCAAAAGACGAGCAGUUGCUGCAGCACGCCUACCCCAUCGGCGCAACCCUCGAGGUGACCGUGGUGCAAACCAUCAACGAUUGGGGUCUCAUCGUCUCGAUUCACGAGACGGAUCUGCGCGGCUUUGUGCACAUCUCGCAGGUCUCGGACGACCACGUCGUCUCGCUACCUCCCUCUUCCGGUCCUUUUGCCAAGGAGACGGUGCACAAGGCACGUGUCGUCGGCCACUCCCCCACCGACCGCACCUUGCAGCUCUCGCUCAAGGCCUCUGUCCUGGAGCGCAAGUUCAUGCGCGUCUCCGAGGUCGAAGUUGGUGAAGUCGUCACUGCCAACAUCAUCAAGCUCGGUCUUCCCAACGCCAUCUUCCUGCAAUUGCAAGGCCACGUCGACGGUGUCGUCUUUUCCAACCACUUUGCCGAUGUCAAGCUCACGCAGCCCGAGAAACGCUUCAAGCCCGGACUUCAGGUCAGGGCACGUGUCAUUGACGUUGACCCGAACCGCAACAGGAUCGUGCUCACGCUCAAAAAGUCGCUCGUCAAGUCGGAUCUGCCCAUCGUCGCAUCCAUGCAGGACGCUCGCGUCGGUGUCGUCACCAAUGCGACCGUCUUCCGCGUGCAGACCAACUCACUCGUCGUCAGCCUCUUUGGCGGUCUCAAGGCGCUGAUUCCGGGAAGAGAGGUGAGCGAGGAUGACUUCAACGACGUCAAGAGCGGCUUCGCCGAAGGAAAGGUCAUCAAGAUGAGGAUCACCGAGGUCGACUACGAGAACCAAAAGCUCGUCGGUAGCAUCAAGCAGGCCUCGCCGGAGUAUCUGGCCAAGCUCAAUGUGGAUGCGGUCGAUGUGGGAGAAAAGGUGACGGGUAAGGUGGCUGCGGUGCACAAAGAGGUGGUGGUGUUGACGCUGGUGCCAUCGGGCGUUCGCGCGUUGCUGUCGCUAUCGGUGCUGGCUUCGAUGCGCGGUUCGACGGCGGAGGAGCUGCUCGAAAGUCUUGAGGAGGAUCAGGAGAUCGACGAUCUUGUUGUUUCGGUCAAGAACCCGGCCAAGGGUAUCGUCAUCGUCGCUGACAAGGUGCGCUCCAGCAAGAACGCGGACGACGGUACGAAUGGGCUCGUUUCAGGCCAGGUCAAGCAGGGCAAUGUGGUUCAAGGUCGCGUCAUCCAGAAGAACGACAAGUAUCUGGACUGCAUCGUCGCUCUCGGCACCGCCACUCGUGCUACCCUUCACAUGACGGAUCUGGCCGACGGCUUUUCCAGCAACGUCGCGCUCCCCAGCCCCGGUCAAACGCUUCAGUGCUACAUCGUAUCGCUCAAGUCGAACGGCAAGAAUGCCGUCAUCUCGACGCGUCCCUCCCGCGUCAACCCUUCCGCCUCCGCCGAAGUCACCGACCCCGAGAUCACCUCGAUCGCCGACCUCGCCAAGGGCCAAAAGGUGCGCGGUUUUGUCAAAGCCAUCACCAACGUCGGUCUAUUCGUCACCAUCGGGCGCAAGCUGGACGCGCGCGUCCAAGUACGCGAGCUGUUCGACGAAUUCGUUCGCGACUGGAAGACCCGCUUCACCGUCGGUCAAGUCGUCUCCGGCACCAUCAUGGACACCAAUCCCUCCAACAACGAGAUCGAGAUGUCGCUCAAAUCCACCCCCGGCUCCAUCAAGCCGCGCGCCGAGCGUCUGGAGGAACGACAUGCAGACGCGGACAAGAAACGCGCAAAGCGACUGACCGACUUCAAGGUGGGCGACAAGGUGAAGGGUUUCGUCAAGAACGUCAUCGACUUUGGCGUGUUUGUCCAGAUCGAGGGAACGAACGUUUCGGGUCUGGCGCAUAUGAACGAGCUCAGUGAUGGCAAGGCGGACGAGGCUUUGAAGGCGUUCCGGGUGGGAGACAAGGUGAGGGCGAUCGUGUUGAGGAUCAACGAGGAGAAGAGGAAGAUCAGCUUCGGGUUGAAGCCGUCUUACUUUGAUGCUGCUGAUUUCGAGGAUAGCAGUGAUGAGGAGGAAGACGAAGAGAUGGAGGCUGACGAGGCCGAAGUUGGUUCUGACGAUGACGAAGAUGAUGACGAGGAGAGCGGCGACUCUGAUGACGAGGAAGGUGAUUUCGUCGAGAUGGACGAGGACAGCGAGUCCGAAGACGACACUUCUGCUCCCAAGCGAUCGGCCGUGCCCUCUCUUGCUCUUUCCGGCGGCUUCUCCUGGUCGGCCGGUGCCAACGACGACGACGAAGAGUCGGACAACGGCCUCUCGUCGUCUGAUUCCGAUUCGGACUCUGACUCGGACUCCUCCGCUGCUGCUGCCAAGAAAGCUGCGCUGCGCAAGUCCAAGUCGAAACUCAAAGCGCAAUCCCGCAAUGCCCUCGAGGACGAUCUCACCGCCGACCUGGCCACCAAAGCUCCCUCCUCCGCCACGGAUUUCGAACGCCUGCUGCUCAGCUCGCCCAACUCGUCGUUCCUCUGGAUCCAAUUCAUGUCGUUCUCUCUGCAACUCUCGGACGUCGAUCGCGCGCGUUCCAUCGCCCGUCGUGCGCUCAAAGUCAUCAACUACCGCGAAGAGCAAGAACGCAUGAACGUCUGGAUCGCCCUGCUCAACCUCGAGAACACGUAUGGAUCCGAAGAGACGCUCGAAUCGACCUUCCGCGAGGCAAUCCAAGCCAACGAUGGGUUCACGAUGUACCUCAAGAUGAUCAACAUCCUGGAGAAGAGUUCGAAGACUGAAGAGGCGGAGGAAUUGUUCGUCAAGGCCAAGGCAAAGUAUUCCGUCCUGCCCGAGUUCUGGAUCGAAUACGCGCGGUUCUACCUUCGAACCGACCAACCUGAUUCUGCACGAGCUUUGCUGCCCAGAGCCAUGCAGGCGCUCGAGAAGCGAGAUCACACUUCGACGAUCACCGCCUUUGCCAUCAACGAGUUCAAGCUCGGCGAUCCCGAACGUGGCCGUACCAUCUUUGAGGGUCUGGUGGAUAGCUACCCGAAGCGCCUGGAUCUGUGGUGGCAGUAUCUGGAUCAGGAAUCCAGGUUGGAGGGGAACGAGACGCAAGUGCGGAACCUGUUCGAAAGGGCGAUGACGUUAAAGUUGACGGCCAAGAAGGGUAAGAGUCUGUUGAAAAAGUGGCUGGACUACGAGAAGAGGGAGGGGGAUGCCAAGAGUCAGGGCAAGGUGUUGAUGAGGGCCAAGAAGUUUGUUGAUGAGAUCAACAGUAAGAACAACAAGAAGGAGGAGGAGGAAGAUGACGAGGAGUAG